CAGAACCAAAAUGGCGGCCAUGCUUCAACCGGGAAUGCUAAGUCAUCGUGAACAAACCAUGGCUUCUGACGAUUAUCCAGACUGGCUAACAGCAGAACAUAGAACAGGAACAACAAUAAUGGCUGUUGAGUUCAAUGGCGGCGUGGUGAUAGGUGCUGAUUCACGAACAACAACUGGUGCAUACAUAGCAAACCGAGUAACAGAUAAGCUGACUCCAGUGACAGAUAGAGUGUUUUGUUGCCGAUCAGGAUCUGCAGCAGCAACACAGGCCAUUGCUGAUAUAGCUAAAUAUCAUUUGAACUUCAUCAGCAUUGAAAUGGGUGAACAGCCACUUGUGAAAACAGUGGCUAAUGUCUUCCGUGAGGUUUGUUAUGGAAACCGUGAUUCACUGACAGCUGGCAUUAUUUGUGCAGGCUGGGAUAAGAGAGAAGGAGGACAGGUUUUUUCAAUUCCCCUGGGUGGAAUGUGUGUGAGGCAACCCUUUGCCAUAGGAGGAUCUGGAAGUACUUACAUCUAUGGCCAUUGUGAUGCUACUUACAAACAUGGAAUGACAAAGGAGGAGUGUUUCAAAUUUGUGGCAAAUGCUGUGGCGUUGGCUAUGUCAAGGGAUGGUUCAUCAGGUGGAAUAAUCCGUUUGGCAGCCAUUGAUGAGUCAGGCAUAGAGAGGAGAGUUAUUCUAGGAAAUGAGCUUCCUACAUUCUACGAAGGAUAAAUAGCACCACUGAAAGUUUCCUGUUCCAUUGACAUUUUAUUUGUAUUAAAAUUAAUCACCGUCUGUAGAGCAGAAAUAAAAUCUUGUGGUUUGAGUAGUCUAA